AGCACCAAUACUGUUACACCAAGUCUAUGAACUGACGCGUCAUGGAAGGAGCCCUGUUGACAAUCUAAGCCGUCGAACUUGGACAACAAUUUUUUUUUCCUAUUCAACCGAAGUCCUGGAGCCCUCGCUACCAUGUUGUUUGGUUGUUUUAUGGGAUUGAGAAGAGGGAGACAUGGACACAAAGGAGUGUACAGACUACAGACCCUUGCAAACUAAUUCGUCGUUACUCGUUAGACAGGCGUCAGGGCCGCUGCCUCGCUGGCGAAUAUUCAAUAUUAUGCCAAACUGACCCUUGCAAACUAACCAGUCACUGCCUGUCGGUUGGCUUCCCUAGUUCGUUAGAACUCCCACUAUAAGUCAUAACUCAUACUACAAUCCCGAUAGAGGAGGCUAAUAAAAUGCUCCGAAGGACUCGUUUUUCAUGGGUCAAAAGGAUUAAUUCUCUUGUAAAUAAUGGGCAAAUUCGAAAAGGGCUGCUUCUGUUCCAUCAACUCCAAAAGUCAGAUGUUGGGAUAACUGAGUACUUCCUCUCAGCUGUUCUCAAGUGCUGUGCAAAACUUGAAGCUGUAGACGUAGGCAGGCAAGUUCAUUGUAUAACGCUGAAGCAUGGUUUCCAUAGAGAUGUGAUUCUGAUGACAUCGCUCUUGGACAUGUAUGCCAAGUGCACGAGUAUUGAAGAAGCACGCUGUAUCUUUUAUGAAAUGCCUGAAAGAGAUGUGAUCACAACAAACAGCAUGAUUGCUUGCUUGUGCCGAUUUAACAUGACAAUGGAUGCAAUCCAGUUGUUCGAAGACAUGCCGAAGAGAGACGUGGGAUCAUGGAACUCUUUGAUUUCAGGUAUGGCACAGAACCUUGAGAGAGGGAAAGCUCUCUCUUUCUUCAGAAAUAUGCAUCUAGAGGGAGUCAGAAUGGAUUUUGCAACCAUGAUUAGCAUCCUUUCAGUUUGUGCCGAUCUGGCAGCUUUGUCUAAUGGUAAACAAAUCCACGGCUUGGUAAUUAAACAUGGAUUUGAAUUGUAUCUUCCAAUUGGGAAUGCUACUCUUGACAUGUAUGCAAAGGGUGGAUGCAUUGACGAUGCAUGUCUUUGUUUCAAUAACAUGUCAUCCAGGAAUGUAGUUACUUGGACUUCUCUCAUAGUGGCUUAUGGGAAACAUGGCCUAGGGUUGCAGGCUCUUAAUGCUUUUCAUCAAAUGGAAAUGGAGGGUAUUUUACCUAACAAAAUCACUUUCCUUGGUAUCCUGUUUGCAUGUAGUCAUGCAGGGCUAGUUGAAGAAGGAUGGAGGAACUUCAAUGCGAUGAUUCAAAUGUACUCCAUCACACCCAUGAUAGAGCAUUACACAUGCAUGGUCGAUCUUCUAGCACGGGCUGGUCACCUGGAAGAGGCUCAUGAAUUCAUAGAGAAAAUGCCAAUUGAGCCAGAUGCAAAGCUUCUGACAGCAUUCCUCAGAUCAUGUUGCACCUACAUGAAUGUCGAGCUAACAAGGAAAGUUGGGCAGAAAUUACUUGAGCUGAAGCCUGAAGGUGGAGCUUAUAUGUUGUUAUCCAACUUUCAUGGCCUGGUUGGAGAUUUGGAAGGUGUAGCAAAGGUCAGGAAGCUGAUGUUGAAUAGAGGAAUAAGGAAAGAUAAGGCACAUACAUGGACUGAAAUCAAGAGAACUAUCCACACUUUUGAGUCCGGAGAUAGAUCCCACCCUCUGCAUAAGAAGAUCUGUGACUAUUUGGAAGAUCUGAUCACAAGAAUGAAAACAAAGGGCUAUGUGCCUAACACGAGUAUGGUGAUGCAGAAUGUGGAUGAACACAAAAAAGAGGAGAUACUUCUUGGUCACAGUGAGAAGCUGGCAAUUGGACUUGGGCUAAUCAGCACAGCUCCAGGGACACAGAUCACAAUAGUCAAGAACCUUAGAGUGUGUGCAGAUUGCCAUGAGGCAACUAGGUUUAUUUCGAUGAUUGAAGGAAGGGAGAUUGUGGCAAGGGAUUCCAGUCGAUUUCACCAAUUCAAAGAUGGGCAAUGCUCUUGUGGUAACUACUGGUGAGAGUCACACAUAAUGAUGACACAUCAUACAAAUUUCGUAUGCAUGUAAAUUUUAAAAGAGAUUUCUAAUAGAGGAAAAGUUGUGUACAUCUGUCCCUCCCUGGACCCCGCAUUGGCGGGAGCCUCAUUCACUGGGCUGCCCUUUUACUUCUAAUAGAGGCAAAGACACUUCUUGGCCAAUGCAAGAAGUCUUCAACUGGACAUGGCAGUUUUGGCUGUUAAAGGCUACUGGGUUUAUUUUGAAAUUUGAGGGGAGGGAAUGGCAAGAAAGGAUUCCUACCACUUUAUCAAUUUAAAAAUAGCUGAUGUUGAUGCUUAUUCUGUACAGGUUAUGCAUUUAAUUCGUACAUUUCAAAUGAAUAUAAAGUAUUAAAUAUA